GGCGCGGUUUCCUGGGUGACGGCCGCGCGGAAGAGGUAGGGUAGGACCCGGGUUCCCACUUCCCGGCUCCGGGGCGCCGUGGCCUGGAACCGCGGCUCCCGAGAGUCAGUCGGAGAGGGGCAGAAGAGACAGCGCCAGGGACUGGCGGCUCUGGACAGGGUGUAAGCGGGGCACUGUGGCGCUGGCGGGCCAUGCCCCGGGACUCCCCGUCGCUGUGGGAGCUGGUGGAGGAGCACGUUCCGCUCCCGGAGCGGCCCGAAGUGAAGAGGAUUCUGGGGGAGGCGGCGGUGGACCUGAGCCUGGAGCUGUGGGCGGAGGUGGCGAUGUUACGGGCACUGCUCCAAGAGGCUCGAUCUUCCCAAACCCCCAGCUCACACCCUAUCUCUGACCCCUCCUCUCUUCUGGCACCGCCGCCGCCGCUAAGGGACCUCGUGCGCCAGGAACUCCGGCUGCUGCUCCAGGGUCUCCGCCAUAAAGCCAUCUGCGAGGGCAGGGACCAGGCCCAGGCUUGGGCCCAGUAUAGUCCCAGGGUCCUGCGCUUUGCCUUGGAGGAGCCCAGAUAUGAUUUGCCAGAACGAGAGAUAUUCCAGACGAGAGCUGGUGAACCCAGCAGCAGUCACAGGGACCUCAGCAUUUUGAAGGACCAACUGAAUGUGUCCAACAUUCAUCAGGUUGCCAGACACCUGAGGGGCCUCCUGGAAGAGGAGUGUCGCACCUUGGAGAGGGAGAUCCCCAUCCUGCAGCACUGCUUGGAAGAGGAGUCCUUGCGGGCUUGCCACCCCUCUGAGUCAACCCUGGAACCCACCCUGGCAGAGCUGAAGGAACAGAAGAGUGCCAUGGAACAGGAGCUGCAGGCAUCUCUGGGGCCUUCUUGUGUCUCUCCCAACCACAGUGGCCCUUGGGGUCCUCCACUCAGGGCCUCAGACCCCCUCCUUGCCUCCGUGGGGCUGCUGGAGUUUGGGCUGCGCCUCUCCAACACCACCUGCCUACACCUCCUUUGGAGCGCUGUCCCCGACCUGGAGGCCAGGCCGCCAGCUGCCGCUGGGGACGGCAGCUUCAGUGCAGACCCAGGGAAGGGCCAGCUUCCACCCCAGUGUCCGGUGCGGUGCCCCAGGCGCCAACCUGAAGGGCUGGUCACGAAGUGGGCUUCUGUUCCUGCUGGAAUGCGCCCUGUCUGCUGCUGCCUCUCAGCUGCCAUGGCCCAGCCAGCUUCAGCUGGAGUCUUGGAAGCGCUCUCACCAGGACCCCAAGGCUGUCCGUCUGUCUGGCCCUUGCCCCACCCCCUCGCCAGAUCCCUGUAUCUGGGGCUGUGCGGCUGGGCAUCUGUCCCAGUGCUCAAAGCCUUUGGCCUUUCUCCUGUAGACAGAGGUCCCAUCCCAGCCCUGACUCUUGUUCCCUGGGGGCCCCAGACAAAGCACAGCAGCAGCUCAGAGACAGGAAUAGAAAUUUCAUUAAAAUCUAUGGACUUUAAAAUCCUAGUGGUGCACGAUGGGCGGGGGUGGGCGGUGCACCGUUAUUGCUACAGAGGAUUAGAGGUGGCGUGGCAGGGGCUGUCACUGCACAGAGGGCACAGAGGACGGACAGACAGACACUGCAGUGUUGGGAGAAGGAGCUCUGACUCCAGAGAGGGGAUGGGAGCACAUGGGCUGGGGCCAUUUGGCACGUGAACAAGGGCAGCAUGUUUGGGAAGAC